UUAUAAUGUAUAAUGGUGUUACCAGUUAAAUAACUACAAAAGAUAAAACGGCAAUAAUGGGGUUUGUGUUCAUUUCGAACAUCCCUCCCUGCCUCUUUCCCACAAUGCACACCGUCAGACGGUCUUUGAAAAAGCGGCGCGGCUAAUUCAAGAUGGCGGAGAUGGAGCAGCUUUUAGAUGAGAGUUCGUCAGCCAAAGCCCUCGUCAGUCUGAGAGAGGGAAGCUUACAAAAGUCACACAACACCAGAGGACGGAGUAAUGUCACCUCCGUGGAAACGCCUACGAGGACCUCUAAGAGAACUCGUCUGUCAUGUGAUGAGGAAGAGCAGCCGUUACCCACCCGAUCCCCCAGGAGGAGCCAGAGAGUCACUACUGCCCCUCAGAAGCUGGCCGGUGUGGGGACACCAGACAAAAAGGUCUCUCAGAGGAUCGGCCUGAGGCUACGCAACCUGCUGAAGCUGCCCAAAGCCCACAAGUGGUGCAUCUACGAGUGGUUCUACUCAAACAUCGACAAGCCGCUGUUUGAGGGAGACAAUGACUUCUGCCUGUGCCUGAAGGACUCCUUCCCCCAGCUGAAGAGCAGGAAGCUGACGCGUGUGGAAUGGGGCACCAUUCGCAGACUCAUGGGCAAGCCUCGACGGUGUUCGUCUGCGUUCUUUGCUGAGGAGCGGACGGCGCUGAAGACGAAGAGGCAGAAGAUGCGGCUGCUGCAGCAGAGGAAGAUCACAGACCUGUCUGUGUGUAAGGACCUGCCAGAGGAGAUCCCCAUGCCCCUCAUCAUCGGCACUAAGGUCACAGCUCGUCUGAGGGGCGUUCAUGAUGGGUUGUUCACUGGUCAGAUCGAUGCCGUGGAUACGAGUGCUGCCACCUACCGCGUCACCUUCGACCGCAGUGGCCUGGGCACACACACCGUCCCCGACUAUGAAGUCUUCAGUAAUGAGCCUCAUGAGACGAUGCCCAUCUCAGCGUUUGCUCACAAGCAGAGACCCCCCCGCUUCCAGAACUUCAUGACCCCCCCUCGAGGGUCCUACUCCGACUCUUCACAGGCCAUUCUCACGGAUGGGGAUCCUCUGUUCAGCCAGUCCCCCUGGAAGACCAAACUGACGGGCAAUGAGGGGGAGACGCUCGGGGGGUUCCCCGUCAAGUUCCUCGUCCAAGUAACGAGGCUGUCCAAAAUCCUCAUGAUCAAGAAGGAGCACAUCAAGCAUCUGAAGGAGAUGAACACAGAGGUGGAGAAAAUGAAGUCCUACUCUCUGCCUGUGGGGCUGGACUUCCAGAAGAGGUACGCCACCACAGUCCUGGACCUGGAGCAGCUCAACAAGGACCUGAACAAGGUUCUACACGAGGUGCAGCAGUUCUGCUACGAGCUGGCUCCUGAUCAGGGCAUGCAGCCUGCAGACCAGCCCAGUGAGCUGAGGAGGAGGUGUGAGGAGGAGGCCCAGGACCUGGUACGGCUGUCCAACGAGAUGCCUGACGAACACACACGCGUGCAGAACCCCGGCCUCACACACCUGGUGUCCCGGCUCACUGCCCUGCUGCUGCAGAUCAAGUUUUUAGCAGAAGGGGGCGACCUGAACUCCUUUGAGCUGAAGUCCCUGACGGACUCCCUGAACGACAUCAAGGGCUCUAUAGACGUGUCGAACCUGAGUUGUUUUCGGGAUAACGUGGAGGUUCAUGUGGCUCACAUCCAGAGCGGCCUGAGCCAGCUGGGGAAUCUACACGCCUUCUCUGCCAACAACACCAACACCACAUGACCCUUGACCCCUCACCCCUGACCCCCACCUCUAGUUAUAGCCCUCUUUAUGUGUGUACUGAUGUGAUGUGUGUGUGUGUGUGUGUGUGUGUGUGUGUGUGUGUGUGUGUGUGUGUGUGUUUUUUUAGUCUUUAUCUGGACUGAUGUUGCGUCUGCAGAGCGUACUGACUCCUAAGAGUGUAGCUGCGCCCACUGAGACGCCUGUAUGCACUACUGUGUUAGCACAGGCCGGUCACACUAUGGACGUGGCCAAGACCCUUCAAAAUAGAUGACGCGCAUAAGAUAUUACUCACUUAGUCCGCUAGGGGGAGACAAAGAGCGCGUUAGACGUUGACGAGUUCCUAAGCAGAAAGAUGUAGCCCAAAUCAUUAAUGCAUUAAGGUUACUACGGUGCUAAAAGUCUUCAUCUGCUCACAAAGAUUGCAUUGGUGUUGUCAAAGCACCCAAUGCCAUCCCAUAAUAUCCCAACAGCCAUCCAGAACACAGAAGGUUUGUGCCAAACAUCACUCGCUAUUAGAUUAGUGUGUGUUUUGUUUUUUCUACCUUCUAAACAUUUCAGCUAUCACAGAAAUGCCAUAGGUUUGACUCAACCUAGCGAGGCAUACACGUAACCUUUUUUUUUUUAAAUAAAUGUGUACAGUGUAUAUAGUUGUACAGGUCUUGCAGUAUUGUAUUGCAGUAUUGUAUUAAGUGAAUAUAUGUAUGUCUGAUAUCACAAGAGUUUUGUUUUUAAAUGUUCAAAAAGCCGUUUAUAAACUGAGUUCAGUUUUCUUGUAUGAGUUGUUCAUAUGGGUAUGUGUAGAAUGACAACAUGCGCGAAGGGAGCAAAUGUUUUUGAAGAGGCUACGGUUCUUUUGUUGAAAGUACUCGUUCGACUUUUACCACCGUUUGUGUACAGCAUACAAAAAUGUAAAUAUUUCUUGCAUUUUCUUAUGUUUAUUAAAAUUUCUGAGAAACAUGUAUUAUUACAAA